GAGAGGAAGGAGCAUUUUCUACGUGCUCAGAACGGAGAGAGAAGUUGAUCGCAGCGAUGGCAAGAACCAAGCAGACCGCUCGUAAAUCCACCGGUGGCAAAGCCCCGAGGAAGCAGCUCGCUACUAAAGCCGCCCGGAAGAGCGCCCCAGCCACCGGCGGCGUCAAGAAGCCCCACCGUUACAGGCCCGGGACCGUGGCUCUCCGAGAGAUCCGCCGCUAUCAGAAGUCCACCGAGCUGCUGAUCCGCAAGCUGCCUUUCCAGCGUCUGGUGCGAGAGAUCGCUCAGGAUUUCAAGACGGACCUGCGCUUCCAGAGCUCCGCUGUCAUGGCCUUGCAGGAGUCCAGCGAGGCUUAUCUGGUCGGUCUGUUCGAGGACACCAACCUGUGCGCCAUCCACGCCAAGAGAGUCACCAUCAUGCCCAAAGACAUCCAGCUGGCCCGCCGCAUCCGCGGAGAGCGCGCUUAAACCCGCCGCUGACAAACACCCCAAAGGCUCUUUUAAGAGCCACACACACCGCACUGAACGAGACCGUUUCCACCGUAACAACGAGUAUUUGCUCCUCACCAGAAAUGGACAAUAUUCCAGUUAAACAUAAAUUAUAGGUGUAAUAAUUUAUCAAAUUAAGGAGUCCGUUAAACUUUGCAACAAUUAUGGAAAAAAAACUAAAUUUAAUUUGUGCUUAUUGAGGGACACCUCGGUAUUUGGUAGGGUUUUAUUGUCAAAGGCGAAAGGUAUAUCUAGGUCUGUUUAUAAGUUAUUAUCGUUAGAUGUACCUCCCUAAGAUUAUCAAAGCCCUAGAUCAGAUUGUUUAUUUUAUUUGGAGGAAAAAAAAACAUUAUUUAAAAAAGGAGGUAAUUUGUAAUCCUAAAGAGCAAGGUGGACUGGAGGUCUUACAUUAUGAUACUCUCAAUAACACUUAAAAUUAAAUGGUUGGAGUUUGUGAAGAAUAGAGAAAGACCUUGGAAUGCAUUUCCUAUUUAUAUAUUUAAUACAAAUUUUUCUGUUCACAAAAUUCCUGUUAAAUUGGCCGGUUUUCACAGACAGGCCCUGUUAGCAUGGAACUUGGUCUAUAAACUGACAAAUAAGUUUUGUAUCAAUAACAAAAUUAAGGAAGUGUCUUACAAAAUACUCCAUAGAAUGUAUCCUGCUAAACAUGUUUUGGAAAGAUUUAAGCUUAAUAUUUCAUAUUCUUGUGAAUUUUGUGGUCAAGAAAAAUAAACUAUCUUACAACUUUAUUUUCAUUGUAUUUACUCAAGAUUAUUUUGGAAAGAUUUGGAAUUCUGUAUUAACAGAGAAUUGAAGGUAUGAUAGAAAUUUGUAUAUUUUAUGUAUUUUUUAUACAGAAAACGAAAAUUUGAAUAGUAAAGAGCAACAUAUUAUACAAUUGUUUAUUUUCUUAGGAAAAUUCCAUAUACAUAAUUGGGCUUAAUGUAAACCAAAUUUUGUACAUUUUAUAAAUGACUUCAAAUUAUAUAUAAAUCUCUUGGAACAAAUAGAAAACAAAAAAGCACUGAAAACAUGUAAUGCUCUGAAAUCAAUGAAAUGUAUGUAGCUUUUUUCUCUCUUGCUCUCUUUUCUCUGGCAGCUAAUGUUCAUUUGAUUAUGUGAAUAUGAAAUACCUCAUGUUCUUGUGGCAUUUAA